AUGUCAAAUGAUAGUGAAUUAAAUGAAAUCAAUAAUAUAAGAAAAAAGUUAAAAAAUGAAUACGAGUUAAAUACAGAAGAUUAUUAUGCAAUGGAUGUGGAGAGAGCUUUGAAUGAUAAUUGGCAAAUACAACGGUUCCGGUUAGCCAUUGAUGACAAUGAUGAGAGCAAAGCAUAUAAAAUGUUAAUUUCUGCUCUUAAAUGGAGAAAGACUUACGGUUUGCUCGACAGAAAUGACGACUACUAUCCUAAAGAGUUAUAUGAGAUUAACUCGACUCAAGUCUCGGGACCGGACAGUGAGGGCCGGUAUAUAUUGUGGAACUCUGGCCGUAACGUUAAGAAGCCGUCGCGUGAAAUACUUCCACUAAUUAUUCAAUUCAUUGUACAUCACAUUGAAAAACUAGACAUACUGUCAGCCAGUAAUGGUAUGCUUAUGGUCACUGACUUUAGUUUCAUAGGUUUGGCCAAUUAUGAUGGAGAACAGGUGCGUCAAGUCAAUCAAAUUUUGUUUGCCUACUAUCCCGGACUCUUGAAGUAUUGCUAUGUAAUUAACUUUCCGUCCGCUUUCAUACCGUUUUUCAAAUUGUUUUUAAUGUUCUUAAAGAAGAAUAUGAGAGACAAUUUAAAAUUGAUUUCAAUGACAGAAAUUGAACGGUUUGUCCAAAUGGAUGUCAUUCCUCAAGACUUUGGAGAAAAAAUUAUUGAUUGA